GCGCCAGCUCCGGCCUGUCCCUUGGUUGUAUCAUCGUGUCCUUUUCCUCUCCUGCUCCUCCUCCCCAUCUUCUUCUUCUUCUUCUUCCUUCGUUCGUUCGUUUCUCCAUUUGAAGCUUACCGGCAUCUGCUCCUAGUCUAGUGACCAACCUCCCCUCCCCUCCACCGGCCAAGAACUGAUUUUUCCGGUUCCGGUGCAGCAGAAGAUUGCAGUAGUAGUAGCAGCAGCUAACUUGCCAGCAGAAGAUUUUUUCUGAGCUUGGUUCUUGAUCGAUCGGCCGCUCGACUGCUCCAGACAGUGUACAUACAUACGCACAUACUCUGCUCGUCUGCCGAGGAUCCAUCGCUCCGCCUCGGUGCUGCAUAGAUAGAUAGGUAGGUAGAGAUAUACAGCUAGAAGAGGCCGGGAACCAGAGGAGGAGGCCUCGCUCGAUCUCCAAGAACAGCAGUAAGAUCAACAAGAUGAUGCGCGGGAACCGGGAGCAGAGAGUGGCCUUCUCGCCGAUGAAGGAGUCCGCCGCCGCCGCGGUGCCCAAGGAAGAGGUGUGGGAGGUCCGGCCCGGCGGGAUGCUGGUGCAGAAGCGGAGCCCCGACACGGACCCGCCCCCCGGCGGCGCGCCCGUGCCCACCAUCCGCGUCAAGGUCAAGUUCAACGGCGUCUACCACGAGAUCUACAUCAACUCCCAGGCAUCCUUCGGCGAGCUCAAGAAGCUGCUGUCGGAGAAGACGGGCCUGCACCCGGACGACCAGAAGGUGGUGUACAAGGACAAGGAGAGGGACUCCAAGGCGUUCCUGGACAUGGCCGGCGUCAAGGACCGCUCCAAGAUGGUCAUGCUCGAGGACCCCGCCGCUAAGGCCAAGCGCCUCCUCGAGGAGCGCCGGACCAGCAAGGCCGAGCGCGCCGCCAAGGCCAUCGCACGCGUCGCGCUCGACGUCGACAAGCUCGCCACCAAGGUGUCGGCGCUGGAGACGAUCGUGAGCAAGGGCGGCAAGGUGGUGGACGCGGACGUGGUGACGCUGACCGAGGCGCUGAUGACCGAGCUGGUGAAGCUGGACGCCGUCGCCGCUGUUGACGAGGAGGUGAAGGUGGCGCGGCGGGCGCAGGAGAAGCGGGUGCAGAAGUACGUGGAGACGCUGGACGCCGUCCGCGCCAAGAACAAGGCGGCGCCGGUGUCCAAGGCCACCAACAACAACACCAACAACAAGGCACGGCCGCCGCACCUGCCGCCGCGCCCGCCCCCGGCGGCGGCGCAUCAGAACCACCAGCGGCGGCAGUUCCAGCCGCCGGCGCCCACCACGGCGACGGCGCUAGUGCCGCAGACGCAGACGGCGAGCUGGGAGACGUUCGACCUUCUGUCGUCGGUGCCGUCGACGUCGGCGGCCCCCGUGACGAGCAUGGCCCCCGCCACCACCACCACGCCGUCCCCGCGCUUCGAGUGGGAGCUCUUCUAGAAGGCUCCACGCGCCAGCCAGCCUGCCUGCCUGCCUGUGCCCCCCCUGGCCCCGGCCCUCCUCUCCCGCCACAUGUGUGCCUGCCUGUCCAUUGGCUCGGCCGGUACCUUUCUUGUUCACCUUGCUUGCCUAUGGUGCAUGUCAAUCGCCAUUGUUUCUUUCUUUCUUUCUUUCUUUCUUUCCCCGGUCUCUUUAUUCUUUCUUUCCUCCUGUCCUUCCUUUGAGUAAAUUGAGUCUGUGUAUAUUGCAUGAUCUCCACCCAAAAAAGAAAGGCAACAAAACAACUGCAGUGAGCUCCUAGUGAACAGAGCAGAAACGCAUGCUGCAUCCAUGGUGUGGUGUCUGUCUGCAAAUAAGUGGUGGCCUUGCAUUGCAACCGAUCGAACCGAUGAAGGAUUUUUGUGCUCCCGUAUUGUAUAGUAGUGGCAGCAGUGUAUGUAUAGUGUACAUGAAUGAAUGAAUCAAACAAAGCUCUCAACAUACGUAUUUGUUUGCA